GGAGCAUUGAGAAUUGGACACAUUAGUUGAAUUAUCCAUUUUUACUGCAACAAGAGGAUUGCCACUGGGCUGGGUGGACAUUAUGGUUGCAUUGAAGAUCUCAUGCCUGCUUGCUGUCCUAGCCUUGGUACUUUGCCAGAUGCCCAGCUCACAUGCAGUGCCUGUCAGACCUGGGCUGGAGGCCACAGCAGAGAGAGUUGCAGUCAGUGAGUAUGAAGCUCGCAGGUUACUCAGCGCUUUAGUGAAAGAGUUUGUACAGAUGACGGCAGAAGAAAUGGAAGAAACAAAUGAAGGAAACAGCCCGGAUAGAUCCAUUUCCAAACGUUGCUCCAAUCUGAGUACUUGCGUCCUGGGGAAACUGUCGCAGGAGUUGCACAAGUUGCAAAGUUACCCUCGUACUGACGUUGGUGCUGGUACCCCAGGGAAGAAGAGAAACAUUCUGCCCAACAUGGACAGUGACCGUUACAGCAACUACGGGGAGCAGUUUGACCAUAACUAGUGCACACAGCCCCUUUAUUCAUUUUGUCUUGUCCUUUUUUCAAUUGUUGCAUGUGAUUUUGUUUCCUGAUUCAGCCCCGGACACUAACACCCCCCUGACUGGGAUCUCAGAUAGAACUGGGCACCAAUGGCAAUGUAGUCAAAUCAUAAGAGUGUGCCCCCCCCCCCUAUAGUCCACAAUCAUUUUGGGAAUAGAGCCAAUAGACAUUUGUACCCUGAGACUGCAAGUGAUCAUAUGGAAUAUGUGUGUGUGUAUCUAUCAAUCUGCAUACAAUCACACACCUGCUGCCGCCAAUAGAUCCAUAUUCUCACGCCUGACCAUGCAAUUAAUCAAUAAACCUAUUUUUCUACAAGUUAUAAGGAUCUGAUGUUUUAAUUGAGGAGACAAAGGGUAAAUAAGGAGCAGUUGGGAGAGUGAGGUUUUAAUUGGAAUUUAUUCAUGGGCCGAAUAUAUUAGAUUAGCAAAUAAUGGGAUUCAAUAACUGAGAGUAGGAACAAAGCCCUUGGCUCGGAUAUAAGUCACAAUGUAACAACAGCAGGUAAGUCCCCGCCUCUUCUACUUCUUAUUUCUAUUGGCUGAAACGUCUGCUUUUACUCACCUGUAUAUCUGAAAUAUGUUACUUCUGUACCAAUUCUUGUGGUUUAUAGAGAGAGAGAAUAGACAGACACAUAGAUGAUAAGACAGAGAUAGGUAGACAGA